AAAGCCUUUUUCUCUCCCUUCAAGAAAGGAAGUCAUUGUGAAAACAAAAACAGACAAAUAAAUUCAACCAAAGCAUCUGCCACUGCUCACUUUGUGUCUGUGCCUGUGAAUUUUAUAUCUACUCAUAAUGCCAGAGACCGAUGAACCUCAAAACUGUGUCUGUGGACGUCAAAAAAAAGCAGCAGCGUGCAUCUUGGGGAUGUUUUUCAUCUUAGGCGUGGCUCAAUUGACAGUUGGUGGGCUCUACGAGAAUGACUGUCCAAGGGAACCUUUCAUCCCGACUUAUCUAUAUGGACCCAUGGCUGUCAUUGGGAUACUUGGAACAAUAGGGGUGUGCAACAAGAUCUGUUUCUUGUUAACCAGCAUUUUCUUCAUUGGCUGGUUCAUUGCUGGUAAUGUGGCGAUCUUCUCCAUUUAUGAACCAAACUACAACAAGAACACGACAAAAACGGAUUCGUACUGCAACAAAACGCUCUACCUGUUUGCAUUUUGGGGCAUCAUCCUGACCUACGUGCUGUUUGCUGCACUCGUUUACAUUUGUUGCUGCUGUAAGGAAAAAAAGGCUGAUGAUAAUGAGGCUCUGCUGCAAAGAUAAAAAGAAAAGAAUAAAGAUGGCUGACAUGAAAACAUAGGCACACACAGCAGAUCACAAUCAGCAUGUUUGGUGGUAUUGUGAUUUUUACUGAUUACUUUGGUGCAAAAUCAAACCAGAAAUGUUAUUCUCACUACUUUUAAUGCACUUCUCAAAUUUGUAAUACAUUUCAUUGAUAUCCUAAUGCCUAAUAUAAUUGUUUCAACACGGUUUUUAUUCAUUCAUCACAGAGUUGAAGUGAUUGACUGACUCAUAGUUUGACAUAUUUGAAAAAGGUUUUAUUUGUUUUAGUGACUGUGUUAUAAAACUGAACAGUACAUAAAGUGGUGUGAGAAUGACUUUCCUUUGUGAAGAAGUGAUUGAGAAAAACUGUAGUGAGUGUUUUUCGUGUGUGUCUCAUGUACAGCAUGUUGGCAAAAGUAUUCACUCACCCUUAUGUCUUAUGUACUUUUAGCAAACAUAUUACAGCAACAUGUGUUUAAUCUAUUGAUCUUUUAGAGAAAUAUCAC